UUCCAAAAUCCAGCCCUCCUACGCAUCCACAUCAGCACCCUUUCCACCAAUCAGAUUUUUUCUUAACUUCCCUUUCCACCAAUCAGAUGUUUUCGUAACUUCUUUUUUUCUUUUCAUUAUAAUUUUUCUUUGUAGUUAUUCUGUACUCCAAUUAGAUUGUGCUACUUAACACACACUCUCUCUCUUAUUUUUCAAUCACCAUACUAUUCUUAUUCGAUCCACAUUUUUUCCGCUUCAACUCCGAAUUUAAAUAUUGUUGCGCAAAAAAAUCAGAUUUUAUGUGAUCUACUCAAUGAUACCCAUUUUGAUAUAAGUUGCAUUUUUUUUCUUUCAAAAACAUUAUCACAAUCAUAUAUUCACCAGUCACUCUCAUAUUCGAUAGUUGCUAAACUAUAUCAAUAUCAUUCAAUUCUACCAUCCUAAAACAAAUUUCUUAUUCUAAUCUGUUACUAAAUUAUAUCAAUGUUUAAUUUUGUACUAUCAUAAUAAUAAUGCACAACAAUUUCAUGGGUGUUAAAAUAUUGUCGUGUGAUACAAACUAAAUUACCUUAAAGAAAAAUCACUUCCGGCCAACUGAUCAAGCUCAAAGGUACACAUGAUUUGGGAUGACAGACAACAAUAAUAGUCUGAACAAAAUAGACAAUGUAGGAGAAAAAAUAUUUCAAUAAGAAUUUCAAUAAGAAUUAUUAUGGUCUUUUAGCCCAAGGUUGUGAACAACCUAAGUCACAAAAUUUUUAAGAGUUGCAUGGAUCCCUAACAAUGUCUACGGCCCAUAAGUUCGGACCUCGAGCCCAACCCAUUUUCACUCAACAAUAACCAGUCAACUAAGUACUAACGAGCCCAAGCAAGUGACAUGAAUUUGACUGAAUGAUUUGUGAUGGUAAACAGGGGUGGCUAUACGGUCCGGUCCGGUUAAAUUGGACCAAAUUGAUCCGGUCUAGUCCGGUCUUUUCGGGAAUAUAAGGACUAAAGAUUGGAUUGGAUACAGUCCGGUCUUGAUCCCGUCCAGUCUUGAUCCGGUCCAGUGUUGACUCGGUCUGGUCCCAAUUUUAUCUUGAUUUUUGGUGUAGGGGUCUUUUAUCCGGUCUUUAUCCGAUUUUUUUACCUCAAAUCUAAGCCCGAAUAUGAGAUUGCAUUGUUUGCUUUCCGGUCCCAAUCCAAUCACGAUCCGGAUUAUACGGUCCGAUUUCGAGUAAAACCAAACAAUCCGGGACCAAAUAACCCGCACUAAUUGUAAAUACCGUAGUUCCAUUCUUCCCACUUCCCAGUAUGCAAUCCAACUGGCAACUACCCCACCCAAAUAAGGUAAACUUGAUUAGUGAUUAGCAUCACGGGGCUACCACCGUCAGCUCACUACUCUCACUCUCAAUUCUCAAGUCUCAAUCGAUCUAUAUCUUGUCUCUCUACCUGUACCAUUACCAAUUUACCAUCCACCUCCAUUACCUUCCUUCUAUAUUUCAUAUUCACACUGCUCGUCUUAUGAUGUCGCAGUUAAGUCUCUAACCAAAAGUUCGAUAAACCCACCUUUUUCCAGGUAAUUUUAGACAGCCCAUCAUUAAAGAACCAGAUGCUCAGCUACCCAAAAGCCCACCAUUAUGGCACAAUGAGUAUACUAGUAUAGUUUAGGGUAUUGACUUGUGGAGCCAUGACUGUCUGAGUUGCUGGCAGACUGGAUUGCGGUUUGCUGCUCAGUUCACCCCCUCUUCAAAAAAGUUGGAAUUGGACAAAACCCGAAAAAAAAGCAGCCGAGAAAGAUCGAAACCUCUUCCCACUUUAGCUCUCUUUCUCCCCACCGCAAAGCAAUUUGUCGGUCUCUUCCCAAUUCAUCUCUUCUUGUGCUCUGCCAACCCGUUUCGCCUUUAACAAUGGAUCCCCAUCUCCUUCUCUUCCUUCUUCUCUCAACAUCUUCCCUCUCAGGAAUUGAGUCGGCGGCUACUUUCAAGCUCACAAACCUCUGCCGCCAAACAAUCUGGCCGGGGCUGCUCUCCGGCGCCAACACCGCCCAGCUCCCCACCACCGGUUUCGCCCUCCGCCCGGGGAAAUCCAGAGCAAUUUCCAUCCCCUCCGGCUGGUCCGGCCGCAUAUGGGGGCGGACCCUCUGCGGGACCGCCGACGGGAAAUUCUCCUGCCUCACGGCCGAUUGCGGCUCCGGGAAGGUCGAGUGCGGCGGGAGCGGGGCCAAGCCGCCGGCGACCCUAGUCGAAUUUACCCUCAACGGCGCCGACGGGCUGGACUUCUACGACGUCAGCUUGGUCGACGGCUACAACCUCCCGAUGCUGGUUUUCCCGCAGAAGGUGACCCGCGGGGGUUGCGGCGCCACCGGGUGCUUGAUUGACCUCAACGGCGCGUGCCCCAAGGAGCUGAAGGUGGUGGCGCGUGAUAAGGGUAGGGUCGGCGGUGUCGCGUGCAGGAGCGCGUGUGAGGCGUUUGGGGAUCCCAGGUUUUGCUGCGCUGAUGCCUACUCCACGCCGGAGACUUGCUCGCCGUCGGUGUAUUCGCUGUUUUUCAAGUACGCUUGCCCGCGAUCGUAUAGCUACGCGUAUGACGACAAGACCAGUACGUAUACCUGUGCCAAUACGGACUACACCAUCGUAUUCUGCCCCCGGCCGUACACCAGCCAGGAAGUUCUGGGAAGAAGGAAAGAUGGGGCAUCCCUGCCACUGGUUAACAAGACGUCCAUGUACUGGCCAAGCAGACAUCCCAAUGGUGCUUUCUCUUCAGUGAGAUAGCAGUGUAGACGAGGUGCAGCAGCUGACGAGAGUAUAGAAGUACGACAACACGUUCCAACGAUCUGCUGCGAUCCUGGCUGAUACUCCCUGAGCAUGACGUAGGUUCUGUAAACAGACAUGAAGUGAGGAGGCGAUCGAAGUGCAGCACGCCAACCUAAAUUCCACGACGAAAUUUUGUGCAAUUCCAUACGCCUUAACUAACUACGAUACACUAACUUUCAGCAUUCAGCAACAAUGAAGAAUGAGGAAGGGGAUACAAUUGGGUUUCAGUUCAAUCCCUACUGUUCAGUUCAUUCUGAAUGUCAAUGUAUUCUCUAAUUACUUCAUCAUUGGACUGCGCAUAACUGUUGUGAGUUUUCUUGUUGAAGUCAUGUUUGGAAAACCAUACAAUAUCAAAUUCGGUUCGGUUCAGCAUUUCACACAAGACCGCAUUUCACACAAGACCGAAUUUGUGAGAAUACUUGUAUCUUCUUCAUUUUAAAUUAUUUUUCAACCCUAAUGGCUAAUGUAAACAAUAAAUAUACAAUUAUAUG